AUGUCCUUCGUCCUCGCCGCCGCGCCCGACCUCCCCCCCUCCCAACCCCUCCACCUCCUCCCCUUCGCCCUUUCGCCGACACCACGCACCGCCGCGGUCGGGACAUACUUCGUCCCCCGCCCCGGGCCCGCAGGGUCGCUGGCCGCCUUCCGCGGCCGCCGGGUGGUGGGACAGGACAUCGGCGUGCCGCGCGGGUAUCGCGGCGUGGUGCUGCGCGCAGCGGCGCCGCCGUCGUCCACCGCCACAGACGCAGCCACAGCCUUCGCCCGCGAGCCCACCGCGGCCGCCCAGAACGGGUCCGAGACCGUGGCGGGCGUGGAGCGCGUGGUGGGCCGCGUCACGCGCGCCAUGCAAAAGGGCGCGGCGCAGGUCGCGCUCGCGCGGCCCCGGGCGGUGAGGCGGGCACGGAAGGUGCAGAAGUUUGCGCUGGACGAGGGGGAGGAGGAGGCGCCGCCAGUGAAGCGGGUCAAGGUGGAGGCGACGACGGCUGUGAAUGUGGAGGCGGAGGCGGAGGCGGGGGCGGGGGCGGAGAUCGGGGUGGAGACGGAGACAGAGGUGGAGAUGGAGAUGGAGACGCAGGUCUCCCGCGCGGCGACGCCACCUCUCGUGCCCGCUAUCAACGUCGUGCCGUCCUCUCCUGCGCCUGGAUUUGGGGGAGACGGAGACGAGGACAUGGCGCGCGAAGUCGACCUCGCGGCCGUAUCUGCCGUCCUUACUCCCGAGCCCGAAAUCGACCCCGAGGUCUCCGGCCUUGCGUCCGAGGAGCAUACGGCGCUGCGCGUCCUUACCCCCACGGCGACGUUCUCCUCGUUCACGCUGUGGACGCCGGACGCGCCGCUUGCGGGCUUCCGCGCCGACGAGGUCGAAGUGGAAGGGCACUGGCGGCAGGGCGGGGCGGGUGAGGGCGGGGACGCGUUCGUGCGCGCCCUCGGCGAGUGGCUUGGCCUCAACGAGAUUAUCCAUGCGCCGAUGUAUGACACCGACGACGACGAGUAGGCCACGAGGAUGCCCACACACAGACUGCCACACGCAGACUGCCACACACAGACCGUCCCACGCAGACCACCACACGCAAACCGCCACUACUCUGCAUGCCCGCACGAGCUAUGUAAUAUGUACACACGUAAUGUCCCGAGGCAGAGGUAUUAACGGUCAUGCUGG